GAUGUUUCGCAGCGCCUACUCUUUGCUUCCCUUCAAACAUUUCUUCUUCUUUAGGUAUUUAUAGUAGCUACCUGGUUGCAGUGAAACACUCCAAAACACUCGAUGGCGCCGAUGACGAAGUUAUUUUUGUUGGGUGUUAUUCCCCUCUUUCUUCUCCGCUUCUGCUGCGGAUGUAUCCACAGGGAAAGGGAAGCUCUUCUUCACAUUAGAGCCGUCUCAAAUGACUCUUCUGAUCGCUCUCCCUUUCUUCCUGUGUAUUCGUGGGACGGCAUAUCCUGCAAUAACACCACGCAUCAUGUAGUCGGUGUUGAUCUGACAGAGCUUUUUGAUCUGCCGCGUUUGGUGGAAGGAGGCAUCAUAUGGCCGAGCUUGUGCGCCCUCACUUUUCUUGAAACCGUAGACCUCUCUUGGAAUAGAAUAUCGGGUACUCUUCCUCCCUGCUUGGGAAACCUCUCCUCUCAAACACCUGGAUUUAAGCUAUAAUUGUUUGAGUGGGAAUAUUCCAUUGUCCUUUGCAAACAUGUCUUCUCUCACACACCUGGAUUUAAAUUUUAAUAGUUUGAGUGGGAUUAUUCCAAGCAUGUCUUCUUCUCUCACAUACCUGGAUUUAAGCUAUAAUAGAUUCGGUGUGAACAUUCCAUUGUCCUUUGCAAACAUGUCUUCUCUCACACACCUGGGUUUAAGCGGUAAUAUGUUGAGUGGGAACAUUCUAUUAUCCUUUGCAAAUAUGUCUUCUCUCACAGUACUAUAUUUAAGUGAGGCUAGAUUGAGUGGGAACAUUCCAGUGUCCUUUGGAAUGGACAUGUCUUCUCUCACACACUUCGAUUUAAGCUAUAAUAGAUUGAGUGGGAACAUUCCAUUGUCCUUUGAAAACAUGUCUUCUCUCACACACUUGGAUUUAAGCUAUAAUAGUUUGAGUGGAAACAUUCCAUUGUCCUUUGCAAACAUGUCUUCUCUUGACGUCCUUAGGUUAAAUAACAACAGUUUCGGAGGUGAAACUGUCCUUAGUACUAUUUGUACGCUCAAGAGCCUUAGUGAAGUUGUUAUUACAAACAGCCAACUGAAUGGGAGCUUACCAUCUUGUCUCGGUAGUCUUCCUUCUCUAAGUUAUCUAUUUCUGUCCAACAAUCACUUGAGUGGUAUUAUCCCAGAUUCUUUAGGCAACAUUUCCUCGCUCGUUUAUUUUGAUGUUUCUUAUAAUGCUUUAAGUGGUUCUGUCCCAGAUUCCUUGGGGGCUCUGUUUUCAUUAAGAUACUUGGCUCUGUCUUACAACCAGCUAAAUGGAACUCUUCCCUCAUUUUCGAGGCUCUCCUCCCUUUGGUACUUGGAUGCUAAAGGGAAUGCAUUUGCUUCCUCAACGCUGCCCUCUUCACUUCAAUAUCUCCAUCUCACAUUAAACGGCCAUCAGAUAAUUUCAGAGGCUUUUUUUCACAACCUUAGCAAAUUAGUGGACCUGUCUCUGUCUGAUUGUGAACUUAAUAUCAGCCCUACUUGGAUUCCAUCAUUCCAAUUAUCCACCUUACAUAUGAAAUCAUGUAAGACAGAUGGUCAAAUUCAGUCGUGGAUUUCGAGUCAAUUCUCACUUGAAGACUUGCAAUUAGCUGACAACAAUCUUGUUGGAGAAAUUCCCUCUUGGCUCAUGGAUACGAGUCAUCUACAGUCAAUCAAUCUCACAGCAAAUUUUCUGGAAGGUCGCCUUUUGCUAAACAGUUCAGCUCAGAAAUACUUAGAGGUCUUCGAUGUGUCUCACAAUGCAUUAAGCGGACAACUACCGUUAAUUUGGCUUCCUGGUAUCCAAAUAUUGUUACUCAACCACAAUUUCCUGACGGGAAAUAUCCCUCCAGCCUUACAGCUUAGCUCUUCGCUAUUUAUGUUAGAUUUGGCAAACAAUCAGUUGAAUGGAAUGAUCCCUCAAAGCUUGGCCAACUGUUCUCAGCUUCAAAUGUUGAAUUUGGGGGAUAAUGAUUUGGGGGGAAUGAUUCCAUAUGAGUUUGGUGAGCUAAGUAAAUUGCAGUCACUAGUGAUAAAGAAUAACCAGUUGAACGGAUCAUUCCCUCCUUCCAUAUCAAACUGCAUAGAAUUAUAUUUUCUAGAUGUUGGGCAAAACUUACUCAAAGGACACAUUCCAAAGUCAAUUGGAAACCUUUCGAAGCUCAAAGUCUUGGCAAUGAGGAAGAAUGGUUUUGAAGGUAGUAUUCCCGCUGAAAUUGGGCAGUUGAAGCACCUCCAGAUCUUGGACCUUUCUUCAAAUCAUCUAUCAGGAUCUAUACCACGUAGCAUUUUCAAUUUACAAGCAAUGAUGACAGAACCACACCAGGAAUUUAGCAUGAUUCACUUUCAAGCUGGUCACAUACACGUGUAUGAGAAUGGGUCAUCUUACAUGUAUGAGAAUGGGUUGAAUAUGGAUUCCAAAGGCAGAGAUGAAUACUACACAUAUAUUUUCUCCAACAUGGUGUCAAUAGAACUUUCAAACAAUCAACUAAAUGGGGAUCUUCCUUCUGAUUUAGGAAAGUUGAAGGGGUUGAAAUUGCUCAACCUUUCCAUGAAUAAUCUCAAUGGUGUUGUUCCAAAUAGCAUUGUAGAAAUGAUAUGGUUGGAAACAUUAGAUUUAUUUACAAAUAAUUUUUCUGGAUCAAUUCCUUCAGAGCUUGGUUCUUUGAGUUAUUUGAGAGCCCUUAACUUUUCCAACAACAACCUUUCUGGUAGUAUACCUCAAGGAGGACACAUGACAACAUUUAAGAAAUCAUCUUAUUUAGAGAAUUCAUAUCUAUGGAGAUGUCCACUACCAAAGAAGUGCAAUUGGCCAGAGUUUGCUCCACCUCCUCCUCCUGUUUCUACAUCUAUUAACGAAGAAGAGCAAAGUGAGGAAAGUGUGUGGUAUGGGAUUGGAUUGGGACUGUCAUAUGGAGCAGGUUUUGCAGCAGUGGUUGUAUUUAUUGUAUUAAGAAGAAAGUGGCAACAAAAAUACUUCAAAGUAGUUGAUUUGGUCUUGAAAAUUUUUUUUCCACCGCUCUGCAAUUUGACAUUAUGAAAUUCUAUUUCUUUUGUUGAGGUGAGUCAAUAUGAAAAUAUUAUAAUUUGUUUAAAGCUCAUUUGAUUUAUCAUUUAAAAAAAAAUUAACUUUUCUCAUAUUUGUGUGUUUUGCAGAUCUUGGAAUUAUUGUAAGCAAUCUCCACAUACAUUAAUAAUGUUUUAUUUCUUAUUUGGUAUUUUCAAUAGAAUUUAAUUUUGGUAUCUGUAAAAACUACCAUUAUCACUUCAAAGUAUUGAUAAAUCUUAUAUUUUUCAUUUGAAUUAUGUUUUCUAGGAUUGUAUUAAGCAUUUUUUUUUAAUUUACACCUUUAAACAAAAUAUAAUUCAACAAAUGUAAUGGUGGCAUUGGCAUUAUUUCCUUUUGUCCACAAGUAAUUGUCAUCUAAUUUAUUUUUUAAGCUUGCUAUUAUCAAAUUUUAAAGCAAUCAAUGAAAAUAUUGUUGACGAAUUGUCUUUGACAUUUUUGGGUAUACACAAAAAGCUCUAAUGUCAAAUCCAGUUUGAAAGUUUUUAUUUUUUCAUGCAACUAAUAACUAUUCCAAAUCAUUAUUGUUGAUUAUUUCUCUCUUUUUUUCAAAUGUUUAAAACAUACAUAAUCUAUGUUGAGCAUUUAGAUCAAGAGUAACAUAUCUUAUAGUAUUUAUGUUAGAUUUGUGUGUCCAAAUGAUGUCCAAAUGAUCAUUUCAGUAUUUCAUAACAAUCUAAUUAAGAAAAUUAACUUGAUACUCAAUUUACUCCAUUCAACAACUAUAAAUACAUUGCUUCUAAUUUUAAUUUUGAAUGAUAAAGAGAAAGAUUAUUGCCAUAACCUUAUUAAUAAAGAAAUUUUCUCUCUUUUUAUUAUUAGAUUAUUGAAAUUAAAAGAUUACUUAUAAAUAAAGAAAUUCCUCAUCAAAUCUUGGUGUGAAUAUUUUUUGCUGUGAAUAUAUUACUUUUGUCCCAUUUUAAUGGGUUAAUAGAAGUUGAAGAGACUGUUGCAACUGAAUCCUUUCUGGAUGGUUCUUCUUCCUAUCUUUACUAAUACAUCUAUUCUAUGGGCCUUUGGUCAAUACAUGAGAAAGAGGCUCAAAUUUUUAUCUUUUAUUGGAUGAAAAGGUGUACUUGAAUUCUAAGCUCUCUAGAAUGCACUCCAAAUUUAUUGGCGUGAAAUUACACCUGAUAAGUCCAGAAGUUUGAGUUCCUUCAAUGAACAACUUUACUGGUGCAUCAAUGAUCUCAACCAUUAGACCGUGGCAGUCGAGUCCGUAGCGUGGGAGUGAAGGUGUAUCAAAAGAGGAGCAUUUCAGUCGAUUUGAUUGCCUGAAUGAAUUAUGGGAGCUUGAUGAAUGUUAAUGACAUUAUUUUGUGCAAAAGUUUGACAGAUCUGCUCAAGCCUCAAGUCACAAAUAACAUAGUGGGUGAACUUAUAUAAGCAAAUCACUCAGGAACACUUGCUACACGGAUCGUCGCCAACGUAUUCCACAAGUGGGCGAUUGCUGUAUACAAUGUCUGUCACAAGUUUUCCAUCUUUUAUCAUUUAGACUUGGGGUUAGAAGGGUGGAAGAAUUAUAUUGCUAGGUUCUGGCCGUUCUUACCCCUGUUUGUUGGUUUCCUUGUUUCGACUGGAUAAUGUUUUAUGCAGGAUAUAAUCUACAACAAAGGCAAAACCUUACCUGGGCCGGUUUCUGAUCCAAAAGAUCUCCCAAAGUGGAAUCAUGAUCGUUCUAGUACUGGAGAGGCGCUUGAAAAGGACAGUGAAGUCAGUCUACAUCCUCAGGCUAACUUCAGAGAUCCAUUCCAUAGGGGAAAGAACAUCUCGGGGAUUUUCGAUAGAUACAAACUUGGAUGCAAACAGUCUAGAGCAGCUAAGGCCUUAAAAAUGAAUAUGAACCAUUAAAGUCAACACAAGAAGCUAUUUAUUGUGUAAAUUAGUUAUGCUUGCUAUUCCUCUGUGAAGAAAGCUCAAAAAUUAGAGCCAGAGGCCUGCUACUCAUGAGCAAGAGAUACACGAAUAUAACCAAAAUCUCAGUAAAAGAAUCAAAAACAAACAAAUAAAAUGUACUUGAAGUUGCUCACCUCCAUGUACUUCUGAAUCAUUGAGGCAAUGCUCAAUGUAUUGUUUCCAGGGUCCCUUUGACUUCCACCUCCAUUUGAGAUUGAUCUUUCUCUCAUGGACAUCAUUGAGGAGGCAGCCAAUCUGUUCAUGGCAGCCAAUCUGUUUAUGGCAGUUAGGAUGCUUAUUCUUAAGCCUCUCCACAUCAUGUGAGGAGGCAUCCAAUCUGUUCAUGGCAGUUAGGGGGAAUGGUCAUAGCCCACCAACAACUGUUGUGCUUCUCACCUAGCCUUUGGUGGUGAGACUGCUACCUGGUCAGACUUCAGCAAGUUCUCUUGGUUGACUCCUGAUAUUUCUCCUGUGUGAAGUUGGUAAUAGCGGUUGGGACCCUCACAAGAAUAUAUCGGACUCCAUUGAUAUAUGGAAUAAAUUGGACGUCUAAGAUCUACCUUUUCCUUCCUUCUCUUGCUCAAUUAUAUAGCAGCUUGUUGUAAUUGUGGUAUUGUAACCCAUUUGAAUUUUUAGUGUGUAACUAUUUA